AUGGGGGACAACCAGUCAGGGGUCCCAGAAUUCAUCCUGGAGGGAUUCCCACUCAGUGCAGACAUGGAAGUGCUUCUCUGCUGUGUCUUCUCCCUCCUGUAUGUCUCCAACCUGCUGGCAAAUAGCAUGAUCUUGGGGCUCAUCUGGCUGGAUGUGAGACUGCAUACCCCCAUGUACUUCUUCCUCUCUCAUCUGGCUGUCAUUGACAUGUCCUAUGCCUCUAGCAAUUUGCCCAAACUGCUGGAAAACCUAAUGAAACACAAAAAAACUAUCUCAUUUGUCACGUGCGCUAUGCAGAUAUUUUUGUACUUGGCUUUCGGUGUAACAGAGGCUGUGAUUUUGGUGGUGAUGUCCUAUGACAGGUACGUGGCCAUCUGCUAUCCUCUCCACUACACGGUCAUUAUGAGCUGGAGACUGUGCAUGGUGCUGGCCAUCACUUCCUGGGCUUGUGGCAUUUUGUUGGCCUUAGGAGAUCUAGUGCUCUUUCUGAAAUUGCCGUACUGUGGAACCAAAAAGGUAAACAGCUUCUUCUGUGAAAUCCUAGCUGUCCUCAAAGUGGCCUAUGAGGACACUUGGGUCAACAAAAUGAUGCUCUUUGGAGGUGGUGUGCUCUUUUUAGUGGGCCCUGUUUCCUUUAUAGUGGUCUCCUACGUGCGAAUCCUCUUGGCCAUCCUGAAGAUGAAGUCAAAGGAGGGCCGCAGAAAGGCCUUCUCCACCUGCUCCUCCCACCUCUGUGUGGUUGGCUUCUACUUUGGCAUUGCCAUCAUGGUGUACGUAAUCCCAGACAAUGGCCACCGAGAUGAGCAGAAGAAAGUCCUUUCCCUGUUUUACACCCUCUUCAACCCAUUGUUGAACCCCCUUAUCUACAGUCUGAGGAACGCUCAAAUGAAGGCUGCCUUCAACAGAGCAUUGCAGAGAAAGAGGGCACUGUAA